AUGAAGGUUCUUGAGACUACGGCUGUGGCUUUGGCUUGCCUUUCGGGGCAGGUCUUGGGUAGAGCUGUUUCGCAUCGUGGGGGUGCUUUGAAUAUGUUUGAGUAUAGUGGUGGUAUUGAGCAGAGGGCUUUGUUGCAGGAUAUUGUAACAUGGGAUAAUCAAUCACUCUACAUCCAUGGAGAAAGAUUGACGAUAUUCUCUGGCGAAGUGCAUCCGUUCCGUCUCCCGGUAUCCUCCCUCUACAUCGAUAUCUUCCAAAAAAUCAAAGCCCUGGGCUUCAACACCGUCUCGUUCUACGUCGAUUGGGCCCUGUUGGAAGGUAAACCCGGCACUUAUCGCGCAGAGGGCAUCUUUGACUUGCAGCCUUUCUUUAAUGCCGCAAAACAGGCUGGAAUUUACCUCCUUGCUCGCCCUGGUCCUUACAUCAAUGCUGAGGUUUCCGGUGGAGGAUUUCCGGGUUGGUUGCAGCGUGUUAAUGGGACGUUGCGCACAAGAGAUCCGGCGUAUUGGAAUGCUACUAAAAAUUAUGCGAACCACAUCGGCACGACAAUCGCCGCAAACCAAAUCACCAAAGGUGGCCCCAUUAUUCUCUAUCAACCGGAGAAUGAGUACUCCGGCUGGACUACUGGAUACUCAGAUGACGGGCAGUAUAUGCAGGAUAUAAUGGAUACUGCCAGAAAUGAUGGAGUCAUUAUCCCGUUUAUCAGCAAUGAUGCAGGCGCGGAAGGACACAAUGCGCCUGGCUCGGGUGUUGGUGCUGUCGAUAUCUAUGGUCACGAUUCGUAUCCGCUAGGAUUUGAUUGCGCAAAUCCCUCGACAUGGCCGUCGGGUGACCUACCGACCUAUUUCCGCGAGACCCAUCUAGAGCAAAGCCCGUCUACUCCGUUUUCACUUGUCGAGUUCCAAGGAGGCUCUUUUGACCCAUGGCAAGGUAGCGGCUUCGAGAAUUGCGCUGCUUUGCUCGGCCCGGAGUUUGAGAGUGUUUUUUACAAGAAUAAUAUUGCUGCCGGAGUUGCGUUCUUGAACUUGUAUAUGACAUUCGGUGGUACCAACUGGGGCAAUUUGGGUUACCCAGAUGGCUACACGUCCUACGACUAUGGCGCCGCAAUCUCUGAAUCUCGCAGUAUCACUCGCGAGAAAUACAGUGAACUCAAACUACUUGGAAACUUCCUCAAAGUUUCGCCUUCUUACCUUGAUGUUGUUCCUGGCACUACCUCAAAUUCUACAUACACUAGUACAACAGCACUGACUGUCACACCCUUGAUUGGUCGAAGCACCAAGUCAUCCUUCUAUGUGGUCCGACACUCGGAUUAUACCAGUCUAGACACGACCAGCUAUACUCUCAAGGUGCCGACUAGUGCCGGUACUCUGACAUUGCCUCAGCUAGGUGGCUCCUUGACCCUUAAUGGCCGUGAUUCAAAGAUCCAUGUCACCGAUUAUGAUGUUGCGGGUACCAAUAUCCUCUAUUCGACUGCUGAAGUAUUCACAUGGAAGAACUUUUCCGAUUACAAGGCGCUUGUCGUGUACGGUGGAGCAGGGGAACACCAUGAGCUGGCUAUCUCUUCGUCUUCUAGUGCAAAAAUCUCCAUUGUCGAUGGUUCCAAGUCUGGAGUGACGACCAAUAUUCAGAAGGGCCAAGCGAUCAUUGCAUGGGAUGUAUCUUCCUCUCGCAGGAUUGUGAGGGUGGACGAUCUGCUCGUCUUUUUGCUCGAUCGCAACUCGGCGUAUGACUAUUGGGUACCCCAGGUCGGUACUUCGGACAGUACCAUUGGAUUCACCACCGAGGAGACAGUUGCAAGUUCGAUUAUUGUAAACGCCGGUUAUCUCGUGCGAUAUGCAUGGCUCCAAGGAGGUGAAUUGCACCUUUCCGCCGACUUCAAUGCUACCACUACCGUAGAAGUGAUUGGUGUACCCAAGGCCGCAUCUAGCUUGUACGUCAAUGGUGUCCUAUACAGCCAUACCAAGACUUCGAACGGGUUCUGGACCGCGAGCGUGAAAUAUAGCACUCCCAAAAUCAGCCUGCCAGACUUCUCAAAGUUGACGUGGAAAUAUGUCGACUCACUGCCUGAAAUUAAGUCAACAUACGAUGACAGCGCGUGGGUCAAUGCCGAUCACGACUGGACCAAUAACACCGCAAAUCCUAUCGUGACGCCUGUAUCACUUUAUGCCUCAGACUAUGGUUUCAACACUGGUCAUCUGCUUUAUCGUGGCCAUUUCGUCGCCAACGGAAAUGAAAAAACUUUCUACGUCGAAACCAUCGGUGGCAGUGGUUUUGGCAGCAGCGUAUGGCUAAAUGGGACGCUUUUGGGGUCUUGGACAGGCAGUGCGGCCAAUGAUUCUGCAGCCUCCACCUACACUCUGCCGACUCUGAAGUCCGGAUCAAGCUAUACCCUCACGAUUCUCACCUCGAAUACCGGCCUGGAGGAGGAUUGGGUGGUCGGUUCAGAGACAAUGAAGACUCCAAGGGGUAUUCUUGACUUCGACUUGUCUGGUCACAAUCAAAGCGACAUUACCUGGAAGAUCACCGGUAAUCUAGGUGGUGAGGACUAUGUUGACCUCACUCGCGGACCUCUGAACGAAGGCGGCCUCUACGCCGAACGUCAGGGCUGGCAUCAACCAUCUCCUCCAAGCAGCGACUGGCAGACAUCGAGUCCCUUGGACGGUAUCAGCCAGGCUGGAGUCGGCUUCUACUCAACCUCUUUCACUCUUGACCUCCCGAAAGGGUACGAUAUUCCGCUAUACUUCACCUUUGGCAAUAGCAGUGGCAGUUCUUACAGAGUCCAGCUUUAUGUCAACGGAUAUCAAUUUGGUACAUACGUCCCACAGCUUGGCCCUCAGACGAAGUUCCCAGUUCCACAAGGAAUCUUGAAUUAUCAAGGCGAGAAUUGGGUCGCAAUCACUCUUUGGGCGCAGGAGAGCAGUGGUGCGAAAGUGGAUAGCUUGGAGCUCACCUAUACCACGCCGGUAUUGACUGCAUUGACAGGCAUUGAGUCCUCGCCGCAGCCUGCUUAUAGUCAAAGAGCUGGGGCAUAUUAG